UUUCGUUUCACUACCCCUUUAACGCGCCCAUUCCUAUCUAUGCGCACAAAACCAGAACCGAAUCUAGAUCCUGCUUCGAAAGCUCACCGCCUUUCGUUUCCGGCGCUCCACGUUAAAUCCCGCUCAAUCCCGCGGAACGAGAUUUCCCAGCGUUUCCGGCUCACGCCGCCGAUCUCUCUUUUUCUGUUCUCUUGUGAACUAGCGCAGGUUCAGUUGUGCCCAAUUAUCAAAAUGACAGCCGCCGCUAAAGAAGCCAUUCAGUCUGUUCAAGUCUUCGGUAGGAAGAAAACGGCCACGGCUGUCGCCUACUGCAAGCGUGGCAACGGCCUGCUCAAGGUGAACGGCCGGCCGCUCGAGAACAUCGAGCCGCUCACCCUCCGCUACAAGCUGCUGGAGCCGAUCCUCCUGCUGGGCAAGGAGCGUUUUGCCGGCGUGGACAUCCGCAUUCGGGUCAAGGGAGGAGGAAACGUGGCCCAGAUCUACGCUAUCCGUCAAGCCAUUUCCAAGGCUUUGGUGGCGUACUACCAGAAAUAUGUGGACGAGCAGUCGAAGAAGGAGAUCAAGGACACGCUGAUCCAGUACGACCGCACCCUGCUGGUGGCAGACCCCAGGCGCUGCGAGCCCAAGAAGUUCGGUGGACCCGGAGCACGCGCUCGCUACCAGAAAUCCUACCGUUAGAUUCCUCCCAAUAAAGCUGUUGGCUUUGGA